AUUAAUUAUUAAAAUGACAACAAAAUAAAGUCCUACUAUUAUAGAGGAAGGCUAUGCUAUUACUAAUGAAUAAAUUAAAGAUCUUGGUAUAUAUUAUUUGGGUUACAUUAAUUAUGGAACUCCAUAAGAAAUAAAAUGUGCUGUGAAGGUUAUUGAUUUAAACGAAGAGGUUUUCAUAUUAAAUAAGUAUAGCAAUUAAGUGCUUAAAGAGAAAAAGAAGUGCUCUUAAAAGUUAAUCACAGGAAUAUUGCUUAAACUUACAAAAUCAUUGAGUAGAACAAUAAGAUGUAUAUUUUUAAAGAGUACGAAGAACAAAUUACUUUGAAAUCCAUUUUUUAACGAUUGUUGAAGGCUACUAUAAAUGAAAGUAUGAUAAUUCAAUAAUAAUAAAAGUGGAUAUAUUGAAUUUAGCUGUUCAGCUAAUCCAUUGUCUAAAUUAUAUGGAAUCCUUAUAAUUAACCAACAGAGACUUGAAUCCAGCUAACAUUUUAUAUAAUAGGGAAAGAGUGUAUAAAAUAUUUGAUUUUGGUUCGUCUAGAGUAUUAGAUGAUAAUUAAAUUUUUUAAUCAAUGGCUGUUGGUGGUAAUGAAGUAAAAUUUGAAGUUAUUCUAGUUUUUUAUGAGCCCUUAAAUGUUAGGAAUUGAUGAAACCCCUGAAAUUGAUUAUUACAAAAGUGAUAUUUGGAGUUUGGGGAUGAUUCUAUAUUAUUUUGGUGAAAAUACAUUUCCUUGGAGAAAAUCAAUAUAAGAUCAUUAAUUAGAUGAAGAAAUAGUAAAGAUGUCUACUCGUAAACUCUAAUUUCAAAAAAUCAAAUCUAUUUAAUUAUAAAAUUUGAUUGCAAAAAUGCUAACUUAUGAUUAAGGCGAUAGAGCAUCUUCUAAAUAAUUACUUGAAGACCCAUUAAUAUAAGAUAAAAUUUCAGAAUCAAAUCCAUAAGUAUAUCUAAUUAAUAAUUUAAAUUUAGCUUCGUAAAUUAGAAUUCCUGACUGAUUAAUUUCAAAAACUUAAAAGUUUAUAAGAAUUAGAUGAAACAUAUGAGGAAAUAGCAUUCAAUUAUUUGAUAAGAUUUUUCACCUAAAACAAGAGUUUGGUCAGAGAAUAAUCUUAAAUUUAUUCAUUUUAUAAAUAAUUAUUAGACUAUUAGAUGUUUAAUAAAAAAGAGCUAUUAUAGAAUUUUAAACUUUAAUAUAAAACCAAAAUUUUGAUCAAGAAUUUUGUUAAUGAAUAUAAAAAAUACUCAACUUUAACUGAUCGUUAGAAUUAGGAAUUAGUAAUAUUAUUGAAAAUAGUUGAAUGUGAGUAGAUUUAAACUGAUAAUUUGCAAGAGUUAAUCCGAUACGCAGAAAAUAAAUAUUUAAGUGUUUGA